AUGCUACACGCGUCCCUUGAUGCAUCUCCGCUUUACUAUGACCCUAUUUCUGGAAAAUUCACUCCAUCCAAGCCGUCAGGGAGAGCGGAUUCCGAACGCAACAAAAGCCAUGCAAUACGUCCAACUCCCCAGCCACGCCGACCAAAACUCCGUGUUGAUGAGAAGCCAACACAGCGAAAGCUCCGGAAAACCGAGAAGCGUCAUGGAACCGCGUCGCGCCGUCACCGACGUUCAGGCGCUCGACGUCAAGCUCCAGAUCCCUCGAUUGAACAAAUAUCGGAGGGAAAUUCUGGCCCCCUCCAUAGUUCGAAGUUAUCUCCUGACAGUCACACUCGUGAAUACCAAUCUGAGAGGUUGCAGUCCGUUUCUUCCCCGUUUGUCUGCACCGAUAACUUGUCUUCCCCUCACCACAUUGGAGAGGUAUUGGAGAAAGACGACUCACCAAUGGAUUCUUCAGCAUUACCGGCCAAUGGUCUACCAUCCUCCAGCUCAAGGUCUCGAACCAAUACCCACACCAAUGCUGCUGGUGCCUCGAAUGAAGUUCCUGAGAUAGCAUAUCUUUCUCCUUCACCGUCCUGCAGUGAUUUUUCUCAUCAACGAGACGCAUCAUCAUCGACUUGUUUCCCUUGUAUUCCAGCCAUCCUGGAUAACAUAUACCCUUUCGUUAAUCUUGAUCUGCCUUCGGAAGUUGACCUGAGGCAGUUGCCUGAUGAUCCAGUGUCUGUUGAACGUAUCCUCGUGGAACGAAGGCGGGCAAUAAAUUGUUUUAUCUCUGUUGCCGCAGAGUACAAACGGAAAGGGAUGCCAGAGAAUGCGGAGCGCGUAGCCGUGGUUGGGUUGAGGCUUUGGGCAAGUAGAGCAAAAGAACACUCAUCCCUGGUCGUCCCCAUACUGCUGUUUCUGGCUUCCUUGUGGGUUGAUACCAGUCCAUCUGAAGAGACAGAAAAUGCCAAAGUGGCGUAUCAAAUGCGUGCCAUGGCGUAUCUAAGGCAAUUUGAGGCGCUCGAUGGUGAUCGGUGGACAAAGUUUCGUGAUAUAACGAUCGCUGAUAAAACGUCGAAUCUUCAUGACCUCGUUACCUCCCUUCCUAUCUCCGUUGGCUGCAAUAAUCCAGAAAAUGACAUCACUGAUGCUAGUCCGAUAGGUUCCUCAGAAUCACUGUCGGUGUUAACGGCGGAGCUACAGCAGGAACGGUCAUCUAAGCGCACGGCAGAGGACCGCUACCACAAGGCUCUGCUAUCUCAGAGGCAGCUCGAGGAUGUCCUAAUUAAGAAAGACAAAUUGAUAAGGUCAUUGGAGGAUGAAGUCAACAGGCUGCAUGCCCAGUUUAUCGAAGCCGGCACAUAG